ACCAAAGAGCUGGGGGCUAGAGGCCACUGGGGCUUAAAGGCAGCCUGGGAGUGAGGCCACUCAGCUGGAGGAAAGAGACAGCUCCCGAGCCACAGGCAGAAGCCCCACAGAGAUGGAGCAGAAGGAAGGGAAGCCCUCUGAGGAUGGGACCACCGUCUCCCCAGCUGCGGACAACCCUGAGAUGUCAGAAGGUGGAGCCCCUGCAGAGGAGACCAAAGGCACAGCUGGAAAGGCCAUCAAUGAGGGGCCUCCCACUGAGUCAGGAAAGCAGGAAAAGGCACCAGCCGAGGAUGGCAUGUCAGCGGAACUCCAGGGGGAAGCAAAUGGAUUAGAUGAGGUCAAAGUGGAAUCUCAGAGGGAGGCUGGUGGGAAAGAGGAUGCUGAGGCUGAACUUAAAAAGGAGGAUGGUGAGAAGGAAGAGACCACUGUGGGUUCUCAGGAGAUGACUGGCAGGAAAGAAGAGACCAAAUCUGAACCCAAAGAGGCUGAGGAAAAGGAGAGCACGCUGGCCUCUGAGAAGCAGAAGGCUGAGGAGAAAGAGGCCAAACCCGAAUCUGGGCAGAAAGCCGAUGCCAAUGACAGAGACAAGCCUGAACCUAAGGCAACAGUUGAGGAGGAGGAGGCCAAGACAUCCUCUCAGGAGGAGACAGGCCAGAGGAAAGAGUGCAGCACUGAACCCAAGGAGAAGGCUACUGAUGAAGAGGCCAAGGCUGAAUCGCGGAAGGCUGUUGUGGAGGAUGAGGCUAAGGCUGAACCCAAGGAGCCCGAUGGGAAAGAGGAGGCCAAACAUGGUGCAAAAGAGGAGGCUGAUGCAAAAGAGGAGGUGGAGGAGGCGGAGGAGGCAGAGCCAGGCAGUCCCAGCGAAGAGCAGGAGCAGGACGUGGAAAAAGAGCCAGAGGGAGGGGCAGGGGUGAUUCCCAGCUCCCCAGAGGAGUGGCCUGAGAGCCCCACUGGGGAGGGGCACAACCUCAGCACAGAUGGGCUGGGUCCAGACUCUGUAGCUUCCGGACAGACCAGUCCUUCAGCCAGUGAGUCUUCACCCAGCGACGUGCCCCAGAGUCCCCCUGAGUCCCCUCCCUCAGGGGAGAAGAAGGAGAAGGCACCAGAGCGCAGGGUAUCAGCCCCUGCUCGGCCCCGGGGGCCCCGGGCACAGAACCGCAAAGCCAUCGUGGACAAGUUUGGCGGGGCAGCUUCCGGCCCCACGGCCUUGUUCCGGAACACUAAGGCAGCCGGGGCAGCCAUUGGUGGUGUCAAGAACAUGCUGUUGGAAUGGUGCCGAGCCAUGACAAAAAAAUACGAGCACGUGGACAUCCAGAACUUCUCCUCGAGCUGGAGCAGUGGUAUGGCCUUCUGUGCCCUCAUCCACAAGUUCUUCCCUGACGCCUUUGACUACGCAGAGCUGGAUCCCGCAAAGCGCCGGCACAACUUCACCCUGGCCUUCUCCACAGCAGAGAAACUGGCUGACUGUGCUCAGCUGCUGGACGUGGAUGACAUGGUGCGGUUGGCUGUGCCCGACUCCAAGUGCGUCUACACAUACAUCCAGGAACUGUACCGCAGCCUCGUGCAGAAAGGACUGGUGAAGACCAAGAAGAAGUGAGGAGGUGACUGGUUCUGUGGGCAGAGAUGGGCAGGGUGCCCAGCUCACCAGCCACGGCCCGGGGGCUCCCUUCUGCUCCAUGGAGGCACCAGAGCCAGGGGCUUAGGCAAGGGUGUGUGGCGUUGGUUUUAACUGCAUUAAAAGUACUUUUGUAAAA